CUACGAUGGAGCGAUGCACUGCUGCGAGAAUUAGCAAACGUCGCUCUGCUGAACCAGUCAAGGCAGAGACUGGCGGUGCAGGCGCGUCAAGGUCAAGUUUGACUGCGAGAGCUUGUGGGUCGUCGCGUCGUGUCGCAACGGGAAGAUGAGGAGGUGUGAGGGUGAGAAAGGUUUAGCUGUGGACCAGGAAGCUUGUGGUGGUGGUGGUGGUGGUGGAGGAUGUGCUUGUCUCGCGAACAAGCUACUGCUCUUCACCCUCCUCCGACGCCUCGUCUCGUCUCGUCCGUCUGCUCCUUGCCAACUCUUUGCCCCGCCCUGAACGCCGAACUGCUGUGGGUCGGUCGCCUCUUCUCCUUGCGUGCAGUGCUUCGUGUCAAGUCGAGAAGGAUGAGUGGGAUGUGUAGCGUGUGUAUGGAGAUGCGACACAGAUGGACGAGGCUUCAAUUGAAGACAGCAGCCAGGCAGGCGAGAUGCGUAAGAGGUGGGAGAUCCUGUCGGGUCAAUGAGAGUCACGACGAGUCGCUAUGCAAGUGCAUGGUGAGUGGAUGGGCAUGCAGCGCGCGCGCAGAGCAGCAGCAGGCGGAGACGAGAGGAGAUGGCUGCAUAUACCGCCCACUCCUGUCAAAGGUACAACCAACCAUCAGCAACCUCUCUGUAGACACUGAUGAGAGCAAUUAAGCCAUGUAGGUUGCGCCUUGCCGUCCCAUCACGCAGCGACAGGGGGGCAAGCGGG